UACAGUCUCUCAUGGCUUGAGCAGGAAGUGUAGCUCAAACAAACUGCGCAUGUUCACGCAAAGCCUCUCGCUAUGUAAGGAUGACACCGAGCGCGGUCUAAACGAGUUGAAGGAGAGCGUGGUCUAUGGCAGAGACAGAAGUCACUGUGUCCGUGGAGGACAUGGUGGAGGUGAAGAGCGCUGAGGAAGAGGAUGCAGAUCCUAACAACCAAAGCAAGACUCGGAUGAUCCUGCAGCUGCAGCCCAUCACAGCUGGGCUUGGAGAUGAAAGCAGUGAGACAGAUGCUGCAGUUGUGGCUGUGGAGACACAAGAUGAGGCGUCUGCUGAAGGAGAGGGUUUGGAGCUUGGUUAUCCCAUUACAUGCGGAGAGAGUAAAGCCAUCCUUCUAUUCAAGAAGUUUGUCUGCCCGGGAAUCAACGUCAAAUGUGUAAAGUAUGAGGAUCAGUUGAUUAGUCCGAAGCAGUUUGUGCACUUGUCAGGGAAAGCCACCUUGAAGGACUGGAAGCGAGCGAUCCGGAUGGGUGGCGUUAUGCUCAGGUCUGCUUGCGCAUAUUGUUUUAUUUUUUUUAAUGCGCUUCAAAGGCACUCAAAAUUGAGUUUUUUCAUGACCAUUUUAAUGAAAAUUACACCGGCGCAUUGUCUGUAUGUGUGUCCUGCAGGGCAUGUUUCUGUGGGUAACGGAGGUCAGACGGCCACAGCAGAGGAGAAGAAAGAAGACGUGAUCGGUACAGUGGAGUGGAGCACAGCCACGGUAGAAAGCCCAGAGAAAGGAGACUCACCUGAUAUCUCAGAUGAGACGCUGAGUUUCUGGAGGGGCAUCGCUGAGGUGGGGCUGAUGGGGGAGGUGGUGUCUAAUAUCCACUCAGAGCUGCUGAGUCUGCUGAGAGGAGUUCAGUUGCGCACGGAUCAGAGCUCUCUACAGGACGCAGAGAUUGCGGUUCUGAGUAACCUGGCACAAGUCUUUGACCUGCUGGACUCCAUCAAACAAAUUCUGAAUGUUCGACGGCAAGUGACGGACCCGGAGCAGACGCAGGUCCUCAGAGCACUGACAGCAUUGGAACAGCAGGUGGAGGAGCAGAAGCGGCAGCAGACGCUCAGCUGGUUGUCUCAAUCCCAGGCCCUCAGCAGUCUGGUUCUCCCCUCCACGCCUCCAUCCAAACGCACUCCCAAACGCCCCCGCCUCCAGCGGCCCGCCUCCACCACCGUGCUCAGCACAUCCGUCGCCCAGCCGCUUACCCUCCAGCCCCAGCAGUUCACCGUGCUCUCCCCCAUCACCCUCUCCUCCAUCGGCCAGUCGUUUGCAGUGGCCGGCCUCAACCAAGCCUCCAACACGGUAACCCUACACGCCCUCCCGGCCGGCUCGCAGCUCUUCACCAGAAUCUCCGCGGGUUCGGACGGAAAAACCGAAGCCAUCGCGCUCCAUCCGGCGUCUGGGCUCACGCUGCUGGGCGCCACAGCCGUGCCGGAUCACGGGCAGCUUGUGAGCCCCGUCGAGCUCGUCCAGUUCACGCAGAAGACGACCUCCGGCGUAGCCCAAGACGGUCAGGUGGUGGCAGGUACGGUAAUGAUGCAGGAGAGCGUCGUCAGUGUCGUGCAAGAGGACGAGAACCAAGACAACACCACCCUGAUCGAGAUAGACCCGGCCACCGCCGACCACAGCGUGAGCGUCAUGGAGCUGCAGCUGGAGGGCGAGGAAGCUGAGGGUGGAGUGACUGUGGUGGAAGGAGGCGAGGAGGUGGUGCAGGGCGAGACGGAGGAGGAGAUACAGCUGGAUGCCAAUGGUCAGUUCCACAAUUUGCCCGUUGUAGUGGUGGAGGAAGAGACGCAGGGCGCCGGCAAAGCCAAAUGAGACACGACACGCUCACACAAACCGCCCUCAGGGACUGACGGACCAAAUCAGACAGGGACGGGGAUUGUGUCGCCCCAGGUGGAGUUUGUGUUUGCCCUUCCAGCUGUCUCGUUUUUUCAUUACUCUCUUCCUGCACAGCCAAGCUCAGCUCUUCAAGCCUGACUUGUCACGUAUUUGUACAAGCAAGUUCAGUAUUCCUUUUUUUUUUUACGUGCGAGAAGCAACAAUUUGUGAAGUUUUGUUGGAACACAUUCAGUAUUUGCUUUCGUUUUCGAGUGUGGAAGUUUAGAUUGGGCACUUAUUUUUCAGUUUCCCUUUGUUUCGGUGCCAAAAUGUCAUGUUGUAGCCAGAUUAUCCACUGUGUGAAUCUCCGAUCUGUAGGUGAAGACUCACAGUUCGUGUGAUAUUUAAGACACUCCCGUAAUGAGAAUUGACACUGUCUGUGGUCUCUUUGUACUUUCUGACAUCAGGGUAUAAAUGGCACUAAUGUUGGUGAUGUUUUAGCACAGUGGUUUUUAACUCCGGACCAGGAGACCCGCAGCACUUCAGUUCAUGCAGUGCUCUGCUAGUGAUAUUAGAGUCUGAAUUGUGUGUAAAUAAAGGAGGUGAAAGUGCAGUGCUUGGGUUCCCAGGAUCAGAGUUGAGAUCCACACCGUUAGCACACAUAAUGAAAGAUGUGUUAUGAAUGUUUGUGAAUGGAUCCUGUGUGUCCUUCACUGAAAAUAAAACGGAUCUUCCUUUCCCCGUGA